AUGGAAAGAACGCUCUCAAAUUUACGCCACUCAAAAAUACUGUUUGUCAAUAGUUUUGAAUGGACCACAGAUAAUGAAGCUGCGGAUCUGCAAAUAACUCAAUUGGGUGUAGAGCCUACACUGUGGCUUCUGUUACUUUUAAAAGAAGCGCCUGAGCCUUUCCCGCAUGCAAAGACGCUUCUCGUCGUGGAAAUGGUUGAUGUGCUCGUCCUCAUGCGCACACCGCAGCUCUCCAAUCCCUCAACGACAAUC